AUGAGGGCUAGCGGGUUCACCGUUCACCAUAUGGACGUGAAGGCCGCAUUCUUGAAUGGUGAUCUUCAGAAAGUGGUCUAUGUACAGCAGUCGCCCGGCUUCAUCUUCGGGAAGGCCGGCCAAGUUUUACGGUUGAAAAAGGCACUCUAUGGACUCCGUCAAGCUUCGUGGGCAUGGUACCCAAAGCUAGACACCUGCCUCACCUUACUUGGCACUAGGAACCACCAUGAGCAUGCGGUGUACACAUGCCACACUACAAACAAGCACUGGAUCGAAGCACGUCAAUAUGAUUUGGACAUUUUUAUCACUCAAUCUGCAUAUGUCCUGAACUUGUUGGAAAAUGAGGCAUGUACUCUGAUGUCAGGCCAAGAGCUCACUGGUGCAAACAAGCUCAUCUCAAGCAACGGCAGGUUUGCGCUCGGUUUCUUCCAAUCAGGCACAAGUAAGUCAGCAGACAACACCACCUUGCUGAACUGGUACCUGGGAAUAUGGUUUAACAAGAUAUCAAAGUUCACAGCUGUGUGGGUUGCUAAUAGAGAUUAUCCAAUAACUGACCCCAUCUUUAAGCUGUCAAAGUUGGUAGUCUCAGGGGAUGGUAAUCUUGUCAUAUUAAAUAAUGUAACCAAGUCCAUGAUCUGGUCUAGUCAGAUUGAGAGUAGAAGAAAUGCCAGCAGAAAAACUCUAGUAGUUCUGUCAGACAAUGGGAACCUUGUCAUACUAGAUGCAUCAAACCAAUCCAAUGUGUUGUGGCAGAGCUUUGACUACCCAACAGAUGUCAUGCUCCCUGGAUCCAAGUUAGGAAGGAACAAGGUCACCGGUCAGAAAUACAGUUUAAUUUCAAAGAAGAACUCUGACGACCCAGCUGCAGGAUUAUACUGCAUGGAGUUGGACCCCUCUGAUGAUCGGCAAUGCAAUGCUAAGCUUUGCAACUCGUCCAUGGUGUACUUCUCCACCGGGGAAUGGAAUGGAAGAUACUUCAACGCAAUGCCAGAGAUGUCGAGCCACGUUUUUCAGGACUCCAAAUUUGUUGACAAUGACGAAGAGGAGUACUUUACUUACACCACAAUUGAUCACACAGUAAUCACAAUCUGCUUGCUUGAUGUCUCUGGCCUUCUGAAGCAGCUCAUCUGGGUUGAAGAGAUACAAGAUUGGGAGCUGGUGUUCUUCCGGCCCAAGGAUUCAUGUGAUGUUUUCUCUGUCUGUGGACCUUUCACAGUCUGCACUGACAACGCACUCCCACUGUGCAGCUGCAUGAAGGGCUUCUCCGUGAAGUCACCAAGGGACUGGGAGCUUGAUGACAGACAUGAAGGUUGCACAAGAAAUACCCCACUAGACUGCAGCAGCAGCAGCAACAAAAGCACAGCAGGAUUAACCGAUAAGUUCUUCCCCAUAACUAGUGUUAGAUUGCCCUAUGAUGCUCACAGAAUGGAAGCUGUUGCAAGUGCAGAUGAAUGUAUGCAGGUUUGUCUAAGAAACUGCUCUUGCACCGCCUAUUCAUAUGGCGAAAGUGGUUGUUCAGUGUGGAAUGGUCAACUUAUAAAUCUGAAGCAGUAUAAUGGCACUACCAAUACUAAUGAAGAUGUUCUUCACCUUCGCCUUGCUGCUGUAGAACUGCAAAGUUGGGGACAUGGUAGAAGAACAAUGAUGGGUGUUGCUGCUGCUGCAUCCGUUUCUGCUUUCAGUUUCUUGGUGUUCAUUCUGCUAUUGAUGAUUUUGAGGAGGAAAAGGAGGUCAUGUGGUCAUCCAGUGAACAGAAGUGAACAAGGUGCUGGGAUUGUAGCUUUCACCUAUGCUCAUUUACAGCGUGCAACUAAAAACUUUUCAGAGAAGUUAGGUGCAGGAAGUUUUGGCUCUGUAUUCAAAGGAAUUCUAAGUGACUCGACUACUAUAGCAGUGAAGAUGCUUGAUGGUGCACGCCAAGGGGAGAAACAGUUUAGAGCUGAGGUCAGUACAAUUGGAAUGAUCCAACAUGUGAACUUAGUUAAACUAAUUGGUUUCUGUUGCGAAGGUGAUAAAAGGUUGCUUGUUUAUGAACAUAUGGUAAACAUGUCUCUUGAUGCCCAUUUAUUUAAAAGCAGCAGCACAAUUCUGAAUUGGCGUACAAGGUACCAGAUAGCCAUAGGGAUUGCUAAAGGGUUGUCCUAUUUGCAUGAGAGUUGCCACGACUGCAUCAUACACUGUGAUAUUAAGCCAGAAAACAUACUUCUUGAUGCAUCGUUUGUUCCUAAGGUUGCAGACUUUGGGAUGGCAAAACUUCUGGGAAGGGACUUCAGUCGAGUUCUAACAACAAUGAGGGGGACAAUAGGGUAUCUUGCGCCUGAGUGGAUUAGUGGAGUGGCUAUUACACAAAAGGUUGAUGUCUAUAGCUACGGAAUGGUACUGUUAGAAAUCAUAUCAGGAAGGAGGAACACACUUGAAGAAUAUGAUAGCAGCGGUAAUCAGGCUGUUUAUUUUCCCGUGCAAGCUGCACAUAAGCUUCUAGAGGGAGAUGUGGAGAGUUUGGUCGAUCCCCAGUUACAGGGUGAUAUCAACAUAGAGGAGGUUGUCAGGGCUUGUAAGGUUGCAUGUUGGUGCAUUCAAGAUGAUGACUUUAAUCGGCCAACAAUGGGUGGCAUCGUACAGGUUCUAGAGGGUUUGGUUGAACUUGACAUGCCCCAAGUGCCAAGACUACUCGAAAUUAUCUUGAGUAGCCCUGGUACAAACUGCAUAUAA